UUUUUUUUUUUGUUGUUUUUUAUUUAUUUACUUAUUUAUAUUUUAAAGUUACGGAUUGGUGGGUGGUCCCACACUGUGGACUUUAAUUACCGUUUCAUUUCAUUUGGGAUUUCCAAAGCACCACCCAACACACCUCUAUACACAUACAUUAUUCACUAUCAACCCAUGGCCACGACACGGCAAAGGUAAGACUGUUUCCAUCUCACCUCCCGAUUUCUGGCGGGUGUUGGGUAAAGCUGUUGUGGUACAUUUUCGGGAAUCCUGUAAUUUGGAUUUGAGUUAAUGGGAAGUGAUAUAGGCUCUUCAUCUUCUUGCAUUACGCAAGAUAUAUUCAUUAGUUGCAAGGAAGAAGAUACCGGAUGGAACUAUGCUGAUCACCUUAAUACUGCCCUGCGUGAAGCCGGUUUCCAAACUUUUAUGGACCUGACAACUAUUCCAGUAGGCCAUCAAAUUGAACCCGAGGUCGAUAGAGCCAUCGCUCAUUCAACUAUGGCUAUUGUGGUUUUCACUAUAAACUAUGGUUCUUCCGAAGGUUGUCUUAAUGCACUUUUGAAGAUUCUCCAACGACAAAAGUUUGAUGAUCGUUACCCUGUUAUUCCAAUCUUUUAUCAUUUGGAACCCCGGAUUGUUGGAAAUCAGAAGAAUAGCUUUCAAGCAGCAUUUAAUGAACACGAGAGAAAUGGGAAGCAUUCCAAGGAGACGAUUGAUCAAUGGAGGGCGGCCUUAAAGGAAGUUUCCAAAUUUUCUGGAUUGCCUAAAACUCCAAAACACGGGUACGAAGCAGAACAUAUCAAAGAAAUUGUGAAAUAUGUAGGAACCAUCUUGCAACAAAAAGUGUCAGAUGAUGAUGCAUGUUUAGUGGGCAUUGGAUCUCGAGUCAGGGGCAUUGAUGUAUGGUUAAAAGACACUGCAGGUGUAGGGGUAGUAGUAGUUACAGGAAUGAAAGGAGUUGGAAAAACUACAGUUGUCGAAAUUGCUUACUAUAGGAAUGUUGCUAAUUAUAAAGCUAGCAGCUAUCUUAGAAAUAUAAAAGAAGCUUCUAAACAAGAAAAUGGUUUAUCAUGCUUACGAAAUCAACUUAUCGCAGACAUUUCAAAUGGGAUAAUGCAAAACAUAGAUGAUAUAGAAGAGGGUAAUCGUGAAAUCGAGGAUGUGAAAAGUUGUCUAGUUAUUCUUGAUGAUGUGGAUCAGAUUGAGCAGUUUAAUUUCUUGAUAAAUCCCACGGAUUGGUUUUUUAAAUUUUGUAAGAUCAUUAUAACCACAUCUCGUGUAAGACUACUGACUCAGGAAAACCAGAAUCAUAAAACAUUUAGCAUUAACAAAUUAGAUUAUCACGAAUCUCUUCAACUAUUCUCUUUGCAUGCCUUUUCCCUAGACCGUCCUAGAAAAGGCUACUCGAAACUCUCUACUAGAGUUAUAGAAUACUGUGAAGGGCUUCCUUUCCAACUUCGGGUCAUUGGUUCUUCUCUAUCUGGAAAGAAAUUAGAGCACUGGAAAGAAGUUUUAGAAAAACUGGAAGAUACUCGAGAAGGGCAGACUGAUGAAACAUUAGAGGUGAGCUACAAGAUGUUAGACGAGGACACACAACAAUUGUUUCUCGAGAUUGCUAUGUUGAUGCUUGGACAAGAUGCAAAUGAUGCAGAGACAGUUCUCAAGAAAUGUGAUUUCUACUCAGAGGUGGGUAUGCAGAAUCUCAAGAAGAAAUCCUUUAUAAAGGUUGACAAUCAGAAUAAGCUAAUGAUGGAUCCAUCACUUGCUGCAAUGGCAAGAAGAAUUAUUAACCAGAAGACUGUUAGAGGAUCUAUAAUUUGCAAGAAUGAGAAGGGUGGGAAACGGAAACGUUCUGAAAGUUGUCAAGAUGAAUCAGUACUACCAAUCAAAGAACGGCCACUAUGGUAUAAACGUGUGUGUCCUGGUUUAUAUACCUUGAUCGGAACACCAAGUUGGUUAACAAGAUUCUUCCCACGACAAUGCUGGUAAAUACUCUUUUCGCUAUUGAAGAUUGUUUUGGUUCACGAUUGGUUGUAAAUUUGUAGUUGAGAUAAAUUGUCCAUAGCUCACUGGACAAUGUUGAUUUUUAAGUAAAGCUUGUGUGUAAUAUUUGAGUUUUCGAGCUCGUCUAUUUUUUAUUUAUUUUUUAAAAGGAGAAAACAAAGAGAAAAUGAAAAAAAUAAUAAUUAUAUA